UCAGAUGACUGUUAUUAUUAUCAGCUGUAUGCAGUGGGAUGUGCAGGGCAGCAGCAGAGCCCUGUGUUUAGAGCCUGUGUGUUCCAGUCCUCUCCCAGGCUGGCAGCCCGAGCUGAUAUGAGAUUGCACUGAAGCUGCUGGGAUUGCUGUACUCACUCAGACGUUCUCACUCUCCACCUCGCAUUCUGCUUCUCUGACUUCUCACCUUGGUGCUACAUUCCUAGCUUCUCUUUUUCAUCAAUAUGGAUCCGUUUGACACUGAGCUUUGCUACACUCCUGACCCCAGCAUCGUGCAGCCGUCCUGCAACGGUCAGACAUCCACACCACACCCGCAGCAGGCUGCACACAAGGGGCAGGAGGGAGCCAUCAGCAUGGAGCGAGGGCAGCAGAUGAAGAUCAGUGACAGCGCACAGUUCAGUGAUGUGGUGGAGAACAGAGGAUUACUAGAGAGCAGCACCAAACUAAAACCACAGGAAGCACAAGACUACAGGAAAAAAGCAUUAUGGGUAUCGUGGGCUUCCAUUGUAGUCACCUUGAUUCUGGCAAUAGCUGCCUUCACUGUCUCUGUUAUGAGAUACAGUGCUUCAUCAUUUGGGUUUGCGUUUGACGCUGUCCUGGAUGUUUUAUCGUCAGCAAUAGUAUUAUGGAGAUACAGCAAUGCGGCAGCAGUGCAUUCUGCACAUAGAGAAUAUAUGGCAUGCACUAUCUUAGGAGUGGUAUUCCUUCUGUCAUCCAUUUGUAUUGUGAUAAAGGCUAUUCAUGACCUUGCAAUCAGGAUGCUCCCAGAAGUGGAUGGAUUCCUCUUUAGCGUUUCCAUUUUAAGUGGUAUCCUUUGCACCUUCUUGGCAGUAGUGAAGUUUUUGUUAGGAAGAGUCCUAACAAGCAGGGCUUUAAUAACAGAUGGAUUUAACUCUCUGGUUGGUGGAGUUAUGGGGUUUUCCAUACUGAUAAGUGCAGAAGUAUAUAAGCACAAUUCCACUGUGUGGUACCUGGAUGGUUCAGUAGGGAUCCUAAUUGGACUGAUAAUCAUGGCAUAUGGUGUCAAACUCUUGAUUGACAUGGUUCCCCGAGUCCGACAAACACGUCAUUAUGAGAUGUUCGAAUGAAGAAAACUAGGAUCACUAGUUGUGUCGAUGGAUAUCUAUCCCAACUAUCAUCCUGCACAAAUAGAUUGAGACAAUUAAUGGCAUCAGUAUAUAAGUGAAUGGGACACUUCUUCCCAAAAGUCAUACUUGGGAAUUUCUUUUAAUGUUCAGCUGUAAAAAAAAAAAAAAAUGAAGAUGUGACCUGCUUAUAAGUCAGCACAUCCGUGUCUUUGUCAUUGAAAUGGUAUGUGAUGGUAGCACACUUCUUCAUCUUAUUAUGAGUGAAACUAUUUUGAACAAAUGCCAAAUUUACAUGGAAAUUGCUUUGAAAUUUGUACGAAAGACUGCAAGCAUUUGCUUUUUUAUUGCUUUGCUGAAGAAGUAUCUAUAAUGUGGACCGUCUUCUGAAAAAUCCAGAGGAAGAGGCAUUUUUAGAAUACACAUCGGGAAAGUGAAUUAGAUGCCACUUCAGAUAGUUAUUUUUAAAGUAUUUUUAUAUGUAAAAUACACACACAAUACUAAUUCACGUAACUGUGAACACUUAUUUUAGCUCAACGUGAUUAAAAAUAUAUAUCCAAAGUAUAUUGAAAGCACAAAUAAAAAUAUUUACUGCAUCUUAACAAGCUUUCUGCCAUACUGCAAAGCGCCACUCUGAAGAAUCUUCUAGUGGAAAAUAGUUAUUAUAUCAUUAUUAUAGGUUUAUAUUUAUGAGCUGCAUAUUUAUAGAUGUAUAUGAAUAGUUAUUUAACUAGCAGAUCAUUUUUAUUUUUAAAGCCUUAUUUCAAACAGACCUCCCUAAAGCACAAAUAAUUUCUCAUGAGAAGUAAAUAAUUAUCUACAGAGUAAUCCAAAAUGACAAAGUACAUUAUUUUCUUGCAGUGAGAUUAUUACGCCCCCCCCACACACACACACACAGACACCUACAAUUAUAGGCAUGUUGUGCCUUUAAACCUGUUGUAGUAAUGGGCAUGCUUAUUUAAAUGCCAAACUUAGCAGGCGGAGAUUUGUAACAUUUCAUAAGAGAAUCAGUUCAUGCUGCAAAUUCCAAACUAACAAGCAAAAUUGUAAGACAAAACCAACGAUCAUUUCUUAGUCUAAACUAAGAUUAGAUUUAAUGAUGACUGUGCUGUACUUAACAUUCCUGACGCUCCAGAUAGCUUUUUGAGCACAGUAUUACUGAAAAAACAGAGAAGUUAUAUCUAUUACUAAGAUAUCUUUGCAAAUUAAGAUUUGUGUCAAUAAAUGCAACAUUCAAAUCAGAUGUAGAAUGCACUACUUUGCAUUUCAAAACUCUUGUUUUCUGACAUUUUAUCUCCUAUCCAAUGGAGGGGUGUGCACAAAUUUAUGCAUAAAUUUAUGCAUUUAUAAUUUUUUUGCCAUUUUGUUAAUAUGAAGUAAGAUAUACAAUAAAUAUUGCUUGUGAUUAGCUAGGGCCCUCUGGGAGUGACAUAUUUAAUAGAUUUUUUUAUGCAUAAAUUAUUAUUAGGUGAUGAUUUGAGUUGCACUGCUGGUCCUCAUUGCCUCCAACAUUUUAGAAACGGUUUUAAACAUCUGAUCCAUCAAAUAAUGGUGUUAGUAGAGAGUUACAAUUUACAGUAUUUAUGUUUCUUUAAUUCCUUAUUCCUGUCAGUGGUUCUCAUCAUGGAGCACUAAUACUGCUGCUGUCUGUCAAAUUUGACAGCAGCUAACACUUCAAUGUUAAGUCAGUGCGUUAUAAAUCACCAACUUUUACCCAUUUAAAUGUAUGUGCAGAAAUGUAUCCAGAAACCUGUAGCAAUGCAGUGGCACUGACCUGCCUGGCUGACCUUGUCAUGUGCUUGCUAGAGGAAGUAUAAUCAGAAUUCUGUAUUUAGAUAAAUGGGAUCUAUCCUCUAAAUUUAUAAUGAAGAUUUGACAACAAAGUCAAGUUAAACUAGCCAUUAUAUAAACUUGUUAAUUCACCUAAUAGUUUAAAUACUUUAAGCAUUAAAAAAUGUGAGCAUUAUUAUUAUUAUCAUUAUUAAUAUAAAAUACUAAUAAUAACAUAUAGCAAUGUUCCAGUCUGGACAGGUAACUUGUUUGUUUGAAAAUAUUUAGAUUUUUUCUGCUUUUACAUAUUUUCAACUCAAUAUUGUAGUUUUGUUCAAAUAACAUAUUGAGUUUAAGAAUAUUUACUAAGUGUAAUGGUUUUAAUAGUGUUUACGGGGAGUGAAAUCUGCAAUAAUAUAUCCAACCACAUUUUUAAUAGCAAAUAUCUGUGAGUUUACUUUUAUUAUCGUACAAUAAAUGAGUUAAGCGCAAUGUACUUAUAUAUGUGUUGCAUCAUUGUAUGUUAUUGAAGGAUUGGUGUUCAAUAUUUACCAAAAUUAAUGAUAGUAACAUCAGUAUCUCACAAUCAUAUACCCAAGUUAUAAAAAAAGUAUAUAUAUUUUGUUUCAAGCAGUUAAAAUAAAACUGAAGAAAAACAAUUAAAUACAGAAAGGUCAUGGAAUCAGGGUAGAAGAUAUAGGUGUUCCACAUCCCUAGGACCUUAAUAAAAUACCUUAGGUAUUAAUGCACAGUUUUGUAGAAAUGUAGUUUUACUUCUGCUCCAAGAAACUCAUUGAACAGCUGACUAGUUCCUUUCUGAUCUAUAUAAUCUUUGGGCAAGAGGUGGCCCUCUGUAGUUUUCAUUGCAGCCUUUAUCCUAUCAUUAAGGCUGUAGAGAGUUACACAGAUCAAAUAAAUUCUGUUUACCUCAUUUUGCCCUAAUUAUUCUUUCCUUUCAUCUCUUUUCUCUUUGGAGUUAUGUCAACUUCUGAGAUGACUUGUGACCUCACUUAUGAUUUGUCAUGGUUUUACUGUUGCUUGAACAAAAUGAUUAGGUGUUGCCUUUGGAGAAACAGGGUCCAUAUUGCUGCUCUAGGUGCUGUCAUCCACUUCUUGUUGGAAAGAAAGGACAGACACAGAAGGCUAUCAGCAAAUUAUGUGAUAAAUAGAAGUCAAGUAGACAGGGUCAUUGCUGGGUUGCACAAAGCACAGCCCAUAGUUAAAUGAAAUGGUUCUCCAAAAACUUUAGUAAAGACCCUCCCUCCCUUAGGCCCCACCCAAUGCCCAGAACUAUGAAACCCAAACUCCACUUAGAAGCAUUAACAUUUAUCAGUGUUAAUGCCAGUUAAACAAGACAUUUUAACUUGUUAUGUAAUCUCUACUGUUGCACUCAUAAGCAUUUGCUAAAUCCUCAGUAUAGCUAUAGUGUACUUUCAGAUCCUCUAUUACACCUGCAGUGUUUUGUGGGGUUACACAGAGAAGAUUAAGAAAACGUAACAAUCUUCUCUGCUCUAGAGGAAAGCAUAAGGGUGCAUGGGAAUCAUCUGUAGGCCACACACUUAGCACUAAAAUUAUAACAUUAAUAAAAGACACCCAGAAACAGCAUAAUUAACUAACAGGGCUUUUUGAUGUCUGAUUAAAUAACUUAAACAUCUAUUAUUAGUUAAUCAAAAUAAAGAUACAAUAUACAAAAAGAUAUAUUGUGUAUAUAUGCCCCUAUGUAUGUAAGAGCUUAUAUCUAUGUCCAGUGUAUGUUACUCUGUGUCUGCCCUUAUGUUUGUAUGUAGGCGUCUGUGUAUCUGUAUGUGUUUAUUAUAUCUGUGUAUAUCUCAGUGUGUGUAUAUUUGUGUAUGGGUGUCUGUCUAUAUAGUCUGGGUGUUGUAUAUGUUCAUUUGUAGAUGUCUGUGUAUGUAUUUGAAUAUAUGUGUCUGGGUAUAGUUGUAUAUGUUCAUUUGUAGGUGUCUGUAUAUAUGUGUCUGUCUAUAUUGCCUAGGUGUUGUAUAUGUUCAUUUGUAGAUGUCUCUGUGUAUGUAUUUGUAUAUAUGUGUCUGGGUGUCUAUGUCUAUAUAGUCUGGGUAUAGUUGUAUAUGUUCAUUUGUAGGUGUCUGUAUAUAUGUGUCUGUCUAUAUGGUCUGGGUGUUGUAUAUGUUCAUUUGUAGAUAUGUAUGUGUAUGUAUUUGUCUAUAUACUCUGGGUGUAGUUGUAUAUGUUAAUUUGUUGGUGUCUGUAAUAAUAGAUACUUGUAUAGCGCACAACCUCAAACUUAAUCAACUCGCGGCACUGUUAACAGGUAUUAUUACCCAACCUAAUGGUACUCAUUUUACCAUCCUCAGAAGGAUGAAAGGCUGAGUGGAACAUCCCGGGAUCGAACCUGCAACCCUUGUGUUGCCACAGAUCUCUGUAACAGUGCAUUAGCAUGAUGAGCUAUCUGUCUGUCUAUGUCCAUAUAGUCUGGGUGUAGUUUUAUAUGUUUAUUUGUAGGUAUCUCUGUAUGUGUAUGUAUUUGUAUAUAUGUGUCUGGGUGUCUAUGUCUAUAUAGUCUGGGUAUAGUUGUAUAUGUUCAUUUGUAGGUGUCUGUAUAUAUGUGUCUGUCUAUAUGAUCUGGGUGUUGUAUAUGUUCAUUUGUAGAUAUGUAUGUGUAUGUAUUUGUCUAUAUACUCUGGGUGUAGUUGUAUAUGUUAAUUUGUUGGUGUCUGUAAUAAUAGAUACUUGUAUAGCGCACAACCUCAAACUUAAUCAACUCGCGGCACUGUUAACAGGUAUUAUUACCCAACCUAAUGGUACUCAUUUUACCAUCCUCAGAAGGAUGAAAGGCUGAGUGGAACAUCCCGGGAUCGAACCUGCAACCCUUGUGUUGCCACAGAUCUCUGUAACAGUGCAUUAGCAUGAUGAGCUAUCUGUCUGUCUAUGUCCAUAUAGUCUGGGUGUAGUUUUAUAUGUUUAUUUGUAGGUAUCUCUGUAUGUGUAUGUAUUUGUACAUAUGUGUCUGGGUGUCUAUGUCUAUAUAGUCUGGGUAUAGUUGUAUAUGUUCAUUUGUAGGUGUCUCUGUGUAGGUGUAUGUAUUUGUAUAUAUGUGUCUGGGUGUCUAUGUCUAUAUAGUCUGGGUGUUUCAUAUGUUCAUUUGUAGGUGUUUGUGUGUAUGUGUAUGUAUUUGUAUAUGUGUCUGGGUUUCUAUGUCUAUAUAGUCUGGGUGUAGUUGUAUUUGUUCAUUUGUAGAUGUCUCUGUGUAUGUGUAUGUGCAUAUAUGUGUCUGGGUGUCUAUGUCUAUAUACUCUGGGUGUAGUUGUAUAUGUUCAUUUGUUGGUGUCUCUGUGUAUGUGUAUGUAUUUGUAUAUAUGUGUCUGGGAGUCUAUAUAGUCUGGGUGUAGUUGUAUAUGUUCAUUUAUAGGUGUCUCUGGCCGCGUUCGGGCAGCGCUCCAAGCGAACUGGGACUCGCUUGGAGCGUUUUCCUCACACUUGCAAGUGAGAUGCCUGGCGUUUUUUGAGCGCUCUGAUGACGUAAGUCCCAGCGCUUCCAGCAGCGCUGACAGCAGCAUUUAGUACAGGGCAAAGUGGAGAUUUGCCCUGUACUAAAUGUUGCUGUCAGACUUAUCCGGUGUUAUUCCGAGAGGUUUCGUAAGCCAACACACACUAUGCCUAACGUCCGCCCAGGCUACCUCCCACUUCUACUAAACUACACCCAGGAUACCUCCCCACUCCUCCAAAAUGCCACCCAGCUACGUUGGGACAGAUGAGCCGUUACAAAUAAACACAAUAAGUAUAGGUGAUAUAUUUAAAUAUGCUCUUUAAAUAAUGACUUAUAAAUGCUGCCAUAUGCCACUUUAUAUAAUAAGUACGAAAUACACGGCUAAUAAAUACCCUGCCUUGUACGUUACAAGCUGUCACAAAUACUAUGUUGUCAACAUAGUAAAUGUAACGGCUCAUCUGUCCCAAUGUAGCUGGGUGAGAUUUUGGAGGAGUGGGGAGGUAUCCUGGGUGGAGUUUAGUAGAAGUGGGAGGUAGCCUGGGCGGAGGUUAGGCAUAGUGUUAGCUUACUAGAGAUGUGUGGGCGGGUUAGAGAUGUGUGGGCAGGGUUCCGGGAAUUGCCGAUUCACGAUUUUGAUAGACCCCCAGAUUCGAACACCGGUGUUAUGCAGAGAAUGAUUUCCCCAGUCUAUUGGCAAACAUCGCAACUCUGACCCACCUCUAUUCAGUGCAGGAUAAGCUACAGCUGAGCUGAGAGCAGCUGAAUGGAGGUGGGUCAGAGUUCCGAUGUUUGGGAAGAGACUGGGGAAAUCAUUCUCGGCAUAACAACAGUGUUGUGUAACAGCUACAAGGGAGCGCAUGCAAACAUUUUUUCUAAGCUCCCUUGCUUGUGACGUCACCUAGCGCCACGUCAUCGCUGGGAGUGAAGCGCCUCCACUAGCUCCUGAGCGCUGCCCGAACGCGGCCUCUGUGUAUGUGCAUUUAUAUAUGCGUCUUGAUGUCUAUAUAGUCUGGGUGUAGUUGUAUAUGUUCAUUUGUAGAUGUCUCUGUGUAUGUGUAUAUAUGUGUCUGGGUGUCUAUGUCUAUAUAGUCUGGUUGUUGUUGUAUAUGUUCAUUUGUAGGUGUCUGUGUGUAUGUAAUUGUGUAUAUAUAUAUAUAUAUAUAUAUAUAUAUAUAUAUAUAUAUAUAUAUAUAUAUAUAUAUAUAUAUACACACACACAUUACUAUACACAAAUGAGGAAUGCUCUUAAACAUUAUAUUUACACACAGGUCUAGGUUUACAUAGCUAUACAAGCACAUACCCCAUAUUCAUGCUUUCUGAUGAAUAUGUAGCAAAACAGCAAAUAUGUAUUUCAAAAGCUUAAUUAGGUAAUAGCAAUACUCCAUGAGACCGAGAACUCAAAGGGUUACAGCUCGAACUCCAUAGCACUUACACUCCCAGUGCGAAUAAAGCAGCACUGAAAUUGAUUUAAAAAAAAACAAUGUUUAUUUUUCUGAAAGUUAGCUGCUGUGAACAGGUCCACAGUGCUCUGCAGUAGCCUCUAUUGCAGUCUUGUAAUAAUGUGGUCAUUAAUUAUGUUUACACAGCAUGUAGAAAACUCAGUUUUCUCUCUUCUCCUUAUUAGGCUACAAACAUAGUCACCCUGUAUCUCCUUAAGAAGCUCACUAAUUAAUAAUCAUAUCUCCCUUCUAAAAUGUCAUACCAGUUUUCGCUGUAAAGCCUAUUGCUUUAUGCGUGUCUUCCCACACAGGACUAUAUGUGGGGUGGAACACAGCUAUGGGACAGGAAUAGGAGGAAAACAACACACUGCUAUACUUAAAGGGAGGUCUUACAACUAAUCAGUGAUUUAAUCCCUUUGGUCACUGAUAAACACAACAGUGGUUUUACCCUUAAAGGCUGAUAGUAAUACACCCCAGUAUGUCAGUAGGAUCAGUGACUUAACCUGUUUGCUUCACUAUUACUCAGCAUUGAUUUUUUUUUUUUUAGCCCAUUAGUGAGGGCUAGAUUUAUCAAAGGCUAAGUGAACUCUGUAUGUGCUUCACCUGUAACUGCGCCCCAGCUCCCCUCUGGAGAAGCGCACAUGUGCGCCUGAAUUUAUAAAAAAAAAUAGACGUAACUUUGCGCAGGCAAGCUGGGGCGUAAUAAUGAUACAUUUCGCCUAUCGGAAAAAGCAUUUACUCCCUAUUUAUCACAGUACAUCCCUAUAAAUAUUUUUAAAUAGUUUUUUAGGCAACUAAUGUCACAUUCGAAUUUGAAAUAGUAUUUCUAGUCUAAUACUGUGUUUUUUAAAUGUGACAUUCGAAUUCGAAAUAGUAUUUCUAGUUUACAACUGUGUUUAAUAAAUGUGAUAUUUGAUUCGAAUGUGAUAUUCGAUUCGAAUGUGACAUUCAAAUUCCAAAUAGUAUUUCUAGUCUAAUACUGUGUUUUAUAAAUGUAAUAUUCAAAUUCGAAUGUGAUAUUCGAUUUGAAUGUGAUAUUCGAUUUGAAUGUGACAUUCAAAUUCGAAAUAGUGUUUCUAGUCUACAAUUGUGUUUUAUAAAUGUAAUAUUCGAAUUCGAAAGUGACAUUCGAAUGUGACAUUCGAAAACUGUAAAUAGCAUUCGGAAAUAGAAUUUUUAAGAAUUUUCGUUCUUAUCAACAUUCUAUUAUGUAAAUCGAAUUUCUACAAUAAUAUUUGUUCUAAUAAUUUGAAUAUAAACACAUUCGCCCAUCAGUCUGUAUGGCGAAAUAUAGAACACACAAUUGAAGCCGAAAUUUCAGUUCCCUAUAAGUGCAAAGCAAUGAUAAAUAAGAAACUGGGCGUAUUUGUAGGUCAGGCUGUUAAAUUACGCCUAUUACUAAUGUAUUUUGUUGCACUCUGGAGCGCGCCCCGCCUAGGCGAAUGCAAGCGGAGUGCGAAGAAGUUUCUUUCAGAUUUGCGUAAUUAUAGGCGCAGAGUGCUUUGAUGAAUAUGACGAUCAGUUUGUAUGCGCAAUUUUGGAUGGAAUUAAAGGAGAAUGGCUUUGAUAAUUCUACCUCUUAGUGUCCUUAAAAGAUUAAGCCAUGAGUUUUCGAAUGCUGUGGUAAUUUACAUUUUGUUCUUGCCAGUCUCUUCAUUCCAGUCUUCUCACAUACAAACUAGUGAAGCCUCAAAUCCUUUACAAAUAUGGCCACCACCAGGAAAAAGUGACACCGUUUAUAAGCAAUAAUGUAGAAAAUCAGCAGUGGUACCUCCUGCUGGCACCAUUUAUGUAAAGGAUUGUGGCAUAGGCAGCCUUUAAACAGCUGGUCAUUUAAGUCUCCAGAUUCUUUACUAGAUAGUUCUAGUGUACUGCCCAAUUCAAUACUGGACACACAGCAACCCAACAGUUAAGUGAUACAUAAAGUACAAUGUGGGGAAUUUUAAUGUGCAGAGAGAAACUGCCACAUCAGAAAUGCUCAGUUGUGAAUGCAACAUUGAAUGCAAAUGUACUGUAUACUAAAAGUGAUGGUAAACUCUCUCCUUUUUAAUAUCAGAUCUGGAAUGUUAGUGAUAUUUUAGAUGGAAUUCAUCAGUUAUAAUGAAGUUGCUCUAUUCUAUAACUUACUUUUUAAUAUAGAUAUGAAAUUCAAAAUCCCCGCACUCCUACUUCAAAAGUAAAUUUUUCUGUGAGCUGACGAUUUGAAUUGUUGUCCAUUCAGCACUCUCCCCAUAUGGAACUUUUGUUGUAGCUAUAGUGCUGAUUGGAGAACAAUUCAAACCUUUAUUUUACAAAAUUGACUUUUGGAGUGGGUGGCGGAGUGCGGGUUGUUGAAUUUCAUAUCUAUAUUAAAAAGUAAGUUAUAGUGCAUCUUCAUUACAACUGAUUAAUUAAACGCCAUCUAAAAUAUCACUGACAUUCUGGAUAUGAUUUUAAAAAUGGGAGAGUUUACCAUCACUUUAAUAAUAUAUAUUGUGCCAGUGCAUCAUGUGCACUCAAAACUGGACUCUUACUUGCUAUGUCCAAGCAGAACUUUUCUUGAUUAUUUUGUUAGUCCUGUUGUGUGUUUGGCCUUUAGUGUGAGCUUGUCAACAUGGUAUCCCCAAGCCAAACCAUUUAAAAAUAUGAUCUUGUACGAAGAGCAAAGAUUGAAAGAAGUAAUGAGUCCAUUAAAUGGUAUCAUAAUCCAUCAGCCAGCUAGUUUUUCCCUGCCGUAUUAUGAUACAAAAAAAAGCUCAUUCAAACAACCGAGGCCUAGCCUGUUAAUUUGUUCUUCUUUCAAAAACGUUUUGGAAUUUCUAACUGUUAUAUUUAUAAAAUUUUACUGCAAAAACAACAAUUGAUACCUACUCAACAGAAAAAAGAUAAGUAUUUAAAGUAAUGUAUCCUAUUGCAGAUUCAAGUUACUCAUCACAGUAUACAAAGUAUACAAUAAAUAUCUAUCUAUCUGUCUGUCUAUCUAUACAUUAUCUAUCUGUCUGUCUAUAUCUAUACAGUAUAUAUUUAUAUGGGUUAUGAAAAAUCCUCUUUUUAUUUAAUUCAAUUAAGGUUUUACACUUUUCAAAAGUAUUAUUUUUUUUGUGUUCAUUUUAGCAUUUUAUUUUGCUCAUUGCUUUUAAUGUAUUAGGUACCCUGUGUUUUAUUGAAGGAGGGCAUAUUUUUGCUGCAGCAUAUCAAGUGAGACGUGAAGGCCUUAGAUUACUCAUUUCCAUGCAAAAAAUCUUUUGUAAUAUAUAAAGAACACCAUUUGAAAUUGUGGAUUUUUGUGUGCCUUUAGGGAAUACACAUGUGUGUGUUUGUAUGUUGUUGUUUUUUUAAAUUAUGUGCAUUUAAUUGUACAAUUUACCUUUAAACCACUGUUCUUAAACAAGCAACCAUCUUUUUUAGAAAAGCACACAUAUAUAUGUAACAGCCAAAAUCAGUUAUCCAUUACCUCUGUACUGACAACAACAAUAAUAAAUGUAAUUUUAUUUUAUACAUAUAUAUGUAGAUAAACUGAAUAUGAGUAGAUGUUCUGUAAUCUGGUUAUAUAAUGCCUUUAAGAAGAAGCAGUGUUACCUGGUUGUUUGAUGUUCUAGAUUAAAGUAUAAUGUAAAAAAUGUCCUCAGAACCAAACAUUUGUCAAAGCCUAUCAAUAUCUAUAAAGCAAAUAAAAUAUUGUUUUAUAUGUAAUUGCAAUUAAUAUUUUAAAAGUAUUCACUGAAUGUACUGUAUAUGAAUAAAUAUUAUUGAUAUGAGGUGCAUUAAACUAGAUUAUUUGACCAAUAAACAUUUGGAAGGUU